ACUAUGGAGGCCAUAAGGAAGACAUAUGACAUUUGUAUCAACCCUGUGCCCAGUGAAGAGUAUUGGGAACAAAUUGAUAAACUGAAGGCAGAUCCACCAAAAAUUGUGAGACCUGUUGGUAGACCAGUUAAGAGGAGAAAGGAAUCAGUUACACCUCAAACUCCAACGGAUGGAAACAAGGUCAGGAGGACCUUCUAGGUUACCUGUAGCAAAUGCGGAGAGGCUGGCCACUACUUCAAAACAUGUAAGGGAGCUCCUAAGACACCAAACUGGCAACCAAAGAGCAGGAGAAAUAACAAGGGUGGAACAUCUAGCCACACUCACAACAAAUCCAUGCAUCAGAGGCCGAAUCAUACUUUAGAGGAAAUUAGGGCUAAGAUUAAGAAGCAUAAGAAAAAGCCACCAAAGAGGCCACAUGCUUCACAAGAGGAAAUCUCAAUCACUCAGUCUGCCCCUCCAGUGUCCCAAGGUGAACCUGCAACACCAGGCCAGCUAACAUCUUCACAACCAGGCCAACCAACUCAGGCACCCCCAACCCAACCAAGUUCUGCAACACCAGCCCAGCCAACUCAGGCACCACCAACCCAGCCAACUCCUGCACAACCAGCCCAGCCAAGUGCCAGAUUCAGGCCCAAGCUGAAGACUUUUAGGCCACUAGGUCAUCUGAAUCCACAAAUAGGCCACCAGACAGCAGCUACACCAUAAAAUCUUGAGGCCAACUCCAAGAAAACAGUGGCUGCUUCAAGUGGAGGAACAUCUUCAGACUUAUUGAAGUUCAUUCCAACACCAAAUUUCAGGCCACCAAAGCAGAAUUAGUUAACUAGGCUUCUUAGACCAUGAGACUUAUCUGUUUGUAAUGCAGUUUAAAUUGUUUUGGUUGCUACUCCUGAAUUUGGAAAAGUACUACAAUA